AUGGCGUUGCUUGGCCUUCAUCAAGCCUCUCCCCAUAUGAUGCCUCCAGAUAUGAGGUCGCUCACCAUGAUUCAAGCGGCCACCCAGGUGUCCAAUCCCGCGCCGACCACCGAUCUCGGAGAUGAAGAAUGUAUAGAAGCGACUUCUACACAUGCACCUUGGCGUUGCACAUGCGCCCUUAGCCGCCUCGGCAACCUCGACACGCAUCAUUUGAAGGAAGACAUCGCGGUGGCUCAUUUGAGGUCAAAUACCGGUGCUUGCAAUGUUCUCUCGAAGUCCUCACCGGCGAAGCGA